AUGAAGACGAUCGUCACACAAUGCCUCGAAGUCAUUCGGGGAAAUGUUGCUGUCGCAACGUUAGGAUGUGAUCGUGGUGCCUUAGACUGGUUUCGUGGAUCUUACUCGCGGUGGAAGAAUUAUCACUGCCAAAGAUUAGUAUACUACCGCGACAUUGUACUACCAAUCUUAAACACUAGGUCUAUAUUGGCUGUCACGGCCCAAAUGGAUGCGCCAAGUGCAAAAAGCGACAAGGAAAAACCGGAGAAAAAUCUCUCCGUCGACCCUGACUGCGCAUACUUCAAUGUGACCGGUGGAAAAUCCGACCAUAUGCUCGUGAAUAUUGGAGAAAAGCGUCUCGCCGUCAGGAUUCGAUCCAGUAACAAUAAUCUGUAUCGGGUAUCACCAAAUUCGAUGUUUAUUGAGCCUGGACAGUGCCAAAAUCUUGUAGUUGUUAGAAGUGCUGGCCCAGCUCGGUCCGACAAACUAAUCCUACAGUUCCUGCCGUGCGAGAAAGAAACAGAGGAUUGCAAAGAGUUCUUCAGACAAGCGGAAAAACUUGGCAUAAAACCAGACACCGUACGCAUUUCAUUGAAGAUGGUCGGUGACCAAGGUUAUCGUGUAAUUCCAUCCAGAGAAGUGACAGAAGACGCAAUUUCUUAG